CUUGGACUCAUGACCUCAGUCUUUGUAAAUAAACUCAGACACUUAAUAAUCCUCUUGUAGACUGUCUGGCAUCACUGACAGUAAAACCCAGGGACCCAACUCUCACUCAUUCUGCAGACUUUGUGUAAUUCCAUUAAUUACUGGAGGAGUUUCUCUUCAUUCAUAAAUUCCAGCUUUCAUCUAUUGGUGUUCUGCUCCAGUGAGCAUGGUGCAAACAUAUCAAUAUUCCCACAGAGUGGGAAAAAUAUCACUGCUCCUAUCGACAGUGACAUCACCCGGAGUCAGGCCACAUUUUACAUUAACGGCCUGCAGCUGCACCGUGAGUGAUUUUGAAGAUGUACCAGGCAGCUGGAAGUGCUUAUGGUGGUUGUUUUAAAAGCAGAAAUAUUUACAGGCUCCUACACCCCCCCAGUGAAAGGAGCAGCAUUGAUCGGUAGCUCCGUUCAUUCACUCUCCCAGCCGCCCCCUUUUCAUCAAAUUGGCGUGACCUAUAGCUGCUGGCAUCAUGAGGGAGCACAGAGCGCAAAGGGUUUCCCGCCCCGGAGAAUAUAAAUACAGAGAAGAGACCGAGUGCAGUUACUGUGAACCUGUUACUCUGCCUCCUCUCUGCUGGACUCCAGGCUCACAGGACCUCCGACACCAUGAAAGGUUUGAGGACCAUCACAUUAACUUAUCUAUUCACGCUUUUACUCCUGGCCACGUUUACCUCGCAGUCGUGGAGUGCGCCGAAGGGCUCGUUCCAACGGAGAAACUGGACCCCGCAGGCUAUGUUGUACCUGAAGGGCACACAGGGUCGCAGGUUCAUCUCAGAGGACCGAAAAGAAGGAGAUGUCUAUGACACAUUACACUUAGAGACCCGCAGUCAGAACACCGAGAAGCUGAGUGUCGACCAGGCAGCCACCGUCCUGCUCAACUUCCUGCAGCAAGCCAGAGAGGGAGCUGAUGAAAACCCAGACGAGGUGUAUUUCAAGGAGCUGCCGGUGUGGAAGAGAGAAUUCUUCUGAUGGGCUUUCAGACGUCUGUAAAGCUGCCACAAGAAGUCUUUGUUUUUGAAUGUAGGUUGUUCAGUCCUGUGUGAGGGAGAUGAACAGCUGUUUUGUAAAUAUGAAUUCUCUGACUAUGUUUGAAAUGUGAUGUUUUAAUAAAAAGAGGCUAUUGCUCUGA